AUGUCGGUUUGGUCAGCCAGUACUGCUGGAAAUAAUUACCACUCCGCUUUACCAGGUGGUCAAUUCGGUCCCUCUAACAACUGGUGUCCAAAAUUGAGCAAGCAGCAUAAGUGCGUGAUGUCGGGUGAGACUCCGAUCCAGUCGGCGGACGGGCUCCACACGCCAGCCUACUUGUCAUGGAGGAAGCUGCAGCUCAGCAGGGCAAAGCUCAAAGCCUCCAGCAAGACAUCAGCUCUACUCUCCGGAUUCGCUAUGGUAGCGAUGGUUGAGGUCCAACUUAAUCCUCCUGACAACACGAAAGUGCCUAACGAAAUGCUAGUAGCCUUCACAGUGUGUACGACACUACUAGUUGCAGUGCACAUGCUGGCUCUUAUGAUAAGUACAUGUAUCCUGCCGAACAUCGAAGCCGUUGGUAAUCUCCACAGCAUAUCACUCGUCCACGAAUCGCCACACGAACGACUCCACUGGUACAUAGAGAUAGCGUGGGCUUUCUCCACGCUACUUGGACUCAUACUGUUCCUCAUAGAGAUAGCUAUACUCUGCUGGGUCAAGUUCUACGACCUGAGUCCGACGGCAGCAUGGUCUGCUUGCGUCGUCCUCAUUCCAGUCAUGAUUGUGUUCCUAGCGUUCGCUAUACACUUCUACAUGUCGUUGGCCAGGCACAAAUACGAAGUGACAGCCACAGGCAUUAAAGAACUUGAAUUGCUCAAAGAACAGAUCGAAAUGGGUGAUCAUGAUGCUCGUAUGAAUAAUUUGACGUUGCUUGACCAAAGCCGCAUCGUUUGA